CAUGUGCUGCCAUGUCAUGGGGGGUUUGUUUACUUCAGAUCAUCUGGAUGGGACAGCAGUAAGGUGGAGUAAAGGUGCAGGCAGAGGGGUACAAGUGUGUAAGAGGAGAGUGCUGCAGAGUGGGAGAGCAGAUAGGAGAUCGAGCAGGAGGAUGUGCAGGACUCGGCUCUGGCUGUUGGCCUUUCUGGUCUUUUCCUCUCUGACUUUUCUGGCUGAUGGAUCUCCAAUGAAGAUAAUGUCUGCCCCCAACUUGUUGCGGGUAGGAACACCAGUGAACAUCUUUGUGGAGUGUCAAGACUGCACCGAUGAUGAUGCCAUCAAAGUAGAAAUCUUCGUAGAAAACUAUCCAACAAAAAGCAAAAGGCUGACAUCCACAUCUGUGACCCUUACCAGUGCAAUAAAGUUCCAAGGCUUCGGAGAAAUUGUGAUCCCUGCUGGAGACUUCAGUCCGGAUCCCAACAAGAAACAGUAUGUUUAUAUAAAGGCUCGGUUCCCUGAUAUAGAGCUGGAGAAACUUGUCUUACUGUCCUUCCAGUCCGGGUACAUCUACAUCCAGACAGACAAGACCCUCUACACCCCCAACAGCAAAGUUCAUUACAGGAUGUUUGCAGUGACGCCCAGCAUGGAGCCUGUAGAGAGGGAUAACAAAACCCAAGCUGAUGCUUCUAUUGACAUUGAGAUUGUGAACCCUGACGGCAUCAUUUUACCAAUUGAUCUGGUCUCUCUGAAAUCAGGGAUGCACUCUGGAGAUUACCAGCUCACUGAAAUUGUCAGUUUCGGACUGUGGAAAGUGGUGGCAAGGUUUCACAACAAACCACAGCUGACUUACUCUGCAGAAUUUGAGGUUAAAGAAUAUGUGCUGCCCAGUUUUGAGGUUAAACUGACGAUUGACAACCCCUUCUUCUAUGUGGACAGUGGACAACUAAUUGUUGAUAUCAAAGCUACGUAUCUUUUUGUUGUAAACGUAGAUGGGAUGGCCUACGGGGUAUUUGGGAUUGUGCAUGGGGGUCAUAAAACGAGCUUGCCCAGCUCCCUUCAGAGAGUGCCGAUUACGAAUGGUGAAGGAAAAGUCAUACUUAAGAAAGAGUACAUCACACAGACCUUCCCAAACAUCUUCGACCUGGUGGGGAGUUCCAUAUAUGUAGCUGCUGGUGUGCUGACAGAGAGUGGUAGUGAAAUGGUGGAGGCAGAGUUGAGAGGUAUCAAGAUUGUCCAAUCACCUUAUACCAUCUACUUCAAGAGAACGCCCAAAUACUUCAAACCAGGGAUGUCCUUUGAUGUUGCGGUUGAAGUUGUGAACCCUGACGGCUCACCAAAAGAAGGUGUUAUAGUGGAGGUGAAUCCGGGUGAGGUACAGGGCCGCACUGCAGCCAAUGGCAUGGCAAGGCUUUCCAUCAAUACUGAUGAAAAUCCUGCACCACUGACAGUGACAGCCAUGACCAAGGAUCCUCAAAUUUCAUCUGAAAGACAAGCAUCAGCCAACAUGACAGCUAUCCCAUACAGCACUGCCAGCAACAAUUACCUUCACAUAGGUGUGGAUACAGCUGAAGUAACAUUGGGAGAAAACCUGAAAAUCAUCCUCAACCUCAAAAGGCCAGUAAGUACAGAAAAAGACAUCACAGCACUGGUACUGAGCAGAGGUCAGCUGGUGAAACACUACCGUUACAAGACAAAAGGUCAAAUGCUGAUAUCCAUGAUAGUCACCAUUACCAAAAACAUGCUGCCGUCAUUUCGUAUCAUAGCCUACUACCAUACAGAUGUUAAUGAAUUGGUAUCAGACUCUGUUUGGGUGGAUGCAGAGGACUCCUGCAUGGGCUCGUUAAAACUGGAACCAGCAGAACGCAAGACAACCUAUAUGCCUCGCAAAAUAUUUAACCUGAAGGUCACCGGAGAUCCAGGAGCCACAGUUGGACUGGUGGCAGUUGACAAAGGCGUCUAUGUCCUAAACAACAAGCACCGCCUCAACCAAAAAAAGGUGUGGGAGAUGGUAGAGACAUAUGACACAGGGUGUACACCAGGUGGAGGGAAGGAUGGUAUGAGUGUGUUUUACGAUGCUGGGCUGUUGUUUGAGUCCAACACAGCUUCUGGGACUCCCCACAGAGAAGAUUUGAAUUGUCCGGCCCUCAGCAGGAGAAAACGAGCCACGACUAUAAUGGACGUAACAACUAGCUUGGCAAGUCAAUAUGAGGACCAACUGCAACGUGAAUGUUGUUUGGAUGGCAUGAGGGAAACCCCCAUUCCAUACACUUGUGAGAGGCGCAGCGAGUACAUCAAUGAUGGUACAGCCUGUGUUGAGGCUUUCCUGCGCUGCUGCAAGGAGAUGGAAAUCCAGCGAGCUGAGAUGAAGGAGGAUAGCCUGCGACUGGCUCGAACUGAAGAGGAAGACAGUUACUUGGACAGCAAUGAAAUUGUUUCUCGCACCAACUUCCCUGAAAGUUGGCUGUGGUCAGAUAUCACGCUGCCCCCUUGCCCUGAUAGUAAACCUAAUUGUGACACCACAUCAGUGACAAAAAGUGUUCCUUUGCAAGACUCAAUCACAACCUGGCAGUUCACUGGCAUCAGUCUGUCAAGAACUCUCGGUAUUUGUGUGGCUGAACCAUUGGAGAUAAUUGUCAGGAAGAACUUCUUCAUUGAUCUCAGAUUGCCCUACUCUGCUGUUCGUGGAGAGCAGCUGGAAAUUAAAGCAGUCAUCCACAACUACAACCCCAAUAUUUCUACUGUACGUGUGGAUCUGAUUGAGGAGACACAUGUGUGCAGUGCUGCUUCUAAGCGUGGGAAAUAUCGCAAGGAGGUUGAAGUUGGGGCCAAAACUACGCGGUCUGUACCCUUCAUUGUUAUUCCCACAAGGGAAGGACAAUACCGCAUUGAGGUUAAAGCAGCUGUGAAAGACGAAGAUAUCAGUGAUGGAAUUGUGAAGACUCUGCAGGUGGUGCCCGAAGGAUUAUUGGUAAAAUCUCCCCAGAUUCUAACUCUGGAUCCUGUGAAAAAAGGUGCAGAUGGUACACAACAAGAAGUUCUCAACAGUGAGAUUCCUAAGACAGAGUUUGUUCCAAACACACCUUCUACCACACAGAUCUCAGUGACAGGAAAAAAGAAAGUAAUUGAUCUGACGAACGACAUUAAUUGGAGAUCAAUGGAAAGCCUGAUCUAUCAGCCCUCAGGCUGUGGAGAGGAGAACAUGAUCCACUUGACCCUACCUGUCAUUGCAAUCACAUAUUUGGACAAAACCAACCAGUGGGAACCUGCAUACAUUGAGAGACGUACUGAAGCCCUCCAACACAUCUGCACCGGUUACAACAAUCAGAUUAACAAUCGUAAAAAUGAUGGGUCCUUUGCUGCGUUUCCUGAUCACAAAAGCAGCGCAUGGCUGACAGCUUAUGUUGCCAAGGUGUUUUCCAUUGCCAACAAUCUGGUGGCUGUGCAAAAGGAACAUAUCUGUGAUGCUGUUGAGUUUCUGAUUCACAACGCGCAGCAACCUGGUGGCUUGUUUAGAGAAGUUGCAGUGGUGUCUCAUGAAACCAUGAUCGGGGAUGUGCGUGGUGUAGACUCAGAUGCCUCCAUGACAGCCUUCUGCCUCAUUGCCUUGCAGGAGUCACGCAUACUAUGUACAGCCACUGUUAAUGUUCUGCAAGUCAGUAUAGAAAAAGCAGCAGCCUAUCUGGAGAAGCGUCUGCCCAGCUUAAUCAACCCAUAUGCUGUUGCCAUAACAUCAUAUGCCCUGGCCAAUGAAAACAAACUGAACCAGGAGAUCCUCUUGAAGUUUGCUUCCCCAGAUUUGUCCCACUGGCCGACACCUAGGGGACGUGUUUACACAUUAGAGGCCACAGCUUAUGCUCUUCUGGCUCUGGUCAAGGCCAAGGCCUACGAAGAAGCCAUACCUAUUGUGAGAUGGUUCAACAAACAGCGGAGAGUGAAGGGAGGCUAUGGAUCAACUCAGGCUACUAUACUCGUGUACCAGGCUGUAGCAGAGUACUGGGCCAGUGCUAAAGAACCAGAGUAUGACCUGAAUGUGGACAUCUUGUUGCCGGGCAGGUCUAGGCCUAUCAAGUACAACCUCAACAGGGAAAACCAUUACGGCACCAGAACAUCUAAAAUCAAUGAAAUAAACCGGAAUGUGAAAGUGACUGCCACAGGCACAGGAGAAGCAGUGCUAACGAUGGUGUCGCUGUAUUACGCUCUACCGAAAGAAAAGGAGAGUGACUGUCAGAGGUUUAACUUGUCAGUGCAGCUCCUUCCAGAGAAUAUGGCCGAGGAUGAGAGGAUAUACAGGCUGAAAAUAGCGGUUUUGUAUAAAGACAGGGAGCGCGAUGCAUCCAUGACAAUCUUGGAUAUUGGCAUGCUAACUGGCUUCACCCCUAACACCAAUGAUUUGAGCUUAUUAGCCAAAGGACGUGCCCGCACUAUUGCAAAGUAUUCGGUAAACCCCGCCCAGGCAGAAAGAAGCUCACUCAUAAUCUACCUGGACAAGGUUUCUCACACAAGACCAGAGGAGAUCAUUUUUAGGAUUCAUCAGAAGAUGAAAGUGGGAGUCUUACAACCAGCUGCUGUGUCUGUCUAUGAGUUUAACCAUGAAAACAGUAACCAAACACAUUGUGUGAAGUUCUACCAUCCAGAGAGGAGAGGUGGUGAGCUACUGCGUAUCUGUAGAAAUGAUGAAUGCACAUGUGCAGAAGAGAACUGUGGUGUACUGAAGAAGGGCAACGUCAGCAAUGUGGAGCGCACAGCUAAGAGCUGUGAGACUAAAGUGAGCAGUAAUAUAGAUUUUGUGUACAAAGUGAGAGUGGAAGAUUUUAUAGAUGGCUUGUCCACGGACAUUUACACAGUGCUGGUACUGGAAGUCAUCAAAGAAGGAAAUGAUGACGUAGGCCCUCUGAAUAAACAGCGCACAUUCCUCAGUUAUCGGCACUGCAGAAAGACUUUAGGUCUGAACAAAGGCAAAACCUACCUUAUCAUGGGUGCAUCCAAAGAUAUUUACACAGACCAACGGAGACAAUUGUAUCAGUACGUGCUGAGUGAGAGAAACUGGAUCGAGUACUGGCCCACAGAUGCAGAGUGUAAAACCACUGUAUACAAGCCUACCUGUGCAGGCAUAUUGGAGAUGGCCCAGAAGUACACAAGAGAUGGAUGUCAGCAGUAGUGAUGCUGAAGGAAAUAAAAUGUUCUGUUCAAAUUG